GCAUGCUCGAAUUAGUGGGCGUGGUCGGCCCCCGAUUCUCGUCUCUUGCGAAGUCGAUGUCAUUUUUCAGGAAGAAAAAGAAAGCUCCAGCUGCGGUGGGGACGCACGAAGCGUCUCAUACACCCAUAGAACAGCCUUCCCCUCAACAGGUCCGUGCAGAACCGCCGGAGCUGACGUCAUCUACAGACGUAGAGGAUGCCUCUCCCACCGUGGUGAGAGAACCAACCUCCAUAUUCGGGGGAAUGGUCCUCAGCUCCAGUGUCAGGAAGAGGGAAGGGCAAGAUUCUCCAUAUUUGUCCACAGGACAGGAUGGAACGAAAGCAGGCGGAGACGGAACGUCUGCUUUUGGUUUCAUAUCAGACAGUGUGGCUAGUGACCCACCAGACAAGGAGACACUCGGGGAGACACUCGGGGAGGGAGAGAGAGGAGAAGAAAAGUCUGCAUUUGGUUUCAUAUCUCCCAAACCUGCUGCAGACGAACCCAGUCAACAGUCUGGGUUUUCAUUCAUAAACUCAUCCGACACUGACCAUGUAGGAGAAGGAGGAGGGAAAGAGGAGACCAAACAUUCUCCAGAAGGUAUCGAUUUGUCUCUGAGAAACGAAGAAAUCGACUCUUCCUCGAAAACACGAGAAGCUCUAAGUAACCAACCCGAUCUGCCGGUUUCUGGGGUGACUCACUCUGAGAAGACUCCAGUUUACUCCAGACCAACAGACUCACCCCAACCUGUGUUUCGUAACAGCUCCGGCGUCCUGUCCCCUGUCCCUGGUCCUAUUAGCCCUCCUCUCGUCUCCACCCCUGCUGGCAGGGGAGGAGGAGGAGGUGGAGGGAAGGCGUCUGUGGGAAAACAGCAGCCCACUGCGGGCAAGAAGAGGAAAAAGCGAAAGGUCGUAAGACCAGGGCAGGAGGUAGAUACAACCAACGAAGGCACUAACAGCAGCAGUCUUACCAGGUCCAGCAGUGGAGCUAGGCUGGUAGGGGGCGAGGAGGGGCAGAAAGAACCAGACACUCUCUCCCUGACCAGCCAGGCUUCAUCAGUUGACACCAGCUCAUCUUUACCCAACUCUUCUCUUCCCAUUACUCCCUCUGUCAUUGUGAAUGGGUCUUCUGUCCCUGGAUUGAAUGAGAGUGCAGCUAGCGAUGGUGGGAAGGAGGGCACUGUUGAGGAGGUGAAGGUGAAAAGAGAAGAGGCAAGGGAAGGAGAGGAUGCGAGAGAUGGCAAUGUGUCCACUGAAGAGCGGAGUGAGCUGCUUGUGGAUACGAGUGAACUAGAGUCUAUGGAGGGAGGAGGUGGAAAGGGAGGAGGUGGAGAGGGAGAAGGAGAGAGUGUGGUGUUUCAGGACGAGCAGCUGCUUGCAGAGGUGUUUGCUGGUGGAGGGAGUGAGUCUGGUGACCAGGGUGAGAAAGGUGUGGAGGUGGGAGAGAUGAAGACGGGAGAGGUCAAGAGUGGGAACUACAGCGUGGAAUUGAGUUCUUCUGAUCAGUUGGCCCUACUUAUUCAGAGCUCGGAGAGCAACCUGGCCAGAAUCAGGUUAGAGCUGGCAGAUCUGCACAGAGAGAAGCAGUCAUUACUAGACCGACACAUCUCUGCAGCCAAACAGCAAAGACAUAACCGGCAGAAGAUGAAGGAGCUGAGAGCUAGGGAGACAAAAGCCCUGUCAGAAGAGGACUAUGAACUAGCUGAGGAGUUACAGGGUCAACUGGAGACAGUGAGUCGGGAUUCCAGUUGGAGCAUAUCCUCCACCUCUCACCCUCUGUUGUGUGAUUGGCUGAAGGAGGUGUGUGAUAUGGUACAGACAGAGGAGACCAUGCAGUCCGACAUACGUACCAAACUGGCACACUCGAGGGAUCAGCAGAGCCAGGCUCUGGCGAGUGCAGAGGAGAACAUCACAGCUUACCAAACCAAACAGAAGAUGAAACUGAAAGCACUGGAGGACAAGAUUGAAAGGGAAAGAGGCCACAUUGCUCUAGAUAAAGAGCACCUUCACAAAAGAGAACAACAGUUACAGGAAGAGAUAGCCAGCAGAGCAGAGAAGUUCAUAUCUAAAAAGACCUCGCUGCAAGGAGAACUGGAGACCGUCCACAGUGAGAUAGAGGAGCUGGAGAAGAAGCUGGCAGAGCUGCGGGGCGAGGAGGCUCGACUGGGGGCCGCCAUCGCGGGGGAGGAGGCCAGGAUACAGGCGGUGCAUCUCGAGCUGGACUCUGAGGACGCAGGUCUCCAGGAGGAGAGAGACGGGAUCGCACGACGUGAACUGGAGCUUCUGGCUCAACAGGAAGGUAUGGAGGAAGUCAGACAAGAGUACGAGGAAGCUCAGCAGCAGCAAAAGGCCCACAGAGAGAGCAUUGCUGGGCUACUGGGUAGAGUGGAGAUGAAGUGGGAGGAGUCGGAGCGCCGGACGCACACCCUAGCACAGUGUCUGGGUCGGGCUGGCGACCUCACCGACAUGAACACUGCUUCCCUCCUCUCCCCUUCUGCACAACUCACCAAGUGUCGUGAGGCUGUGGGAGAGAAGGAGGGAGAGGUAAAGAAGGUGGCGAGUGAGAUAGAGGCACUCCAGGGAACAGUCGCCCAGCUGAGACGACAGAUUUCGGCGGCCGAGGAGAGAAUUCCUCGACUAGAGGAGGCCAAGAAGACUGCCGUUACUGCUCGUCGGUACAAAGAGGCUGGAAGGUUGUCGAGUGAACUGAAACAGUUGAAGACUGAACUGGAGCCUCAGAAAACACAGCUGGCGGAGAAGGAAGGGGAGGUGGGAGAUGUUAACAAGAGGCUGGCAGGACUCAGCAGUGAGUUGGCCGGUGAGAGAGUGCACUUGGAUCAGCUGGAGAGGCAAGAAGAUUUACAGCACCUUCGCCGGCUAACUUCCUCUCUUUCAAGGCUGCAAGCCACAAAAACAAGGUGGGUUGUGUUACACGGUCAGUCGCCAUGGAGGCCUGUUUUUUGGAUGAUGUCGUUAUGAUGUAAUGCAGCAUUCCGGGCUCUUCCUCCCCACCACUGGAGAAGGUUUUGGUUUGCUGGCUUCAGCUGUAUCAGGUAACUGAAUACCAAUCUUAACUGAUCAUGUGUUCAUUACUGACAACAAGUAUGCCUGUUGAUGCAUGUGAAAGUGAUUAUUUUACAAUUAUUAUGAAAAUUGGAGAAUUUUACAGUGUUCUUUGAAAAUUUUAUGCACCAUAGACACUUAUAUAUAAAAGUGCGUAGUAGUGAAAUUCCUCUGUUAUGAAAAGGAAAAGCCAUUAAGUGAUCAAAACAGGGUUGACAUAUUAUAAAUAAUGUAGUGUUCGCUUGCCAGAAUAAUGUUACAUUUGUUCUAGUCAUGAAUUAAUUUGUAGACCAAAUGGCGCCUACAGAUGUUUUGUGUGAUCAUGCUGAUGAUUUGUUAUGCACCAUUGACCUCUACAUACUGCAAUAGAUAAAUGCCUCAGAUUUAGGGUUGGUUUCAGUAUAUUCUUCUUGUAUUGAGCUGCACUGAGUUGCAACCACACCCAACACAGACACACAAACAGGAAUGUGUCAAUGAUGAAUAGGCAGGGAGGGAGAUGGAGAAGAGAGAGGAGAGUGUGUGUGUGUGUGUGUGUUUUGUAGUUGCUGGCAGAGGGACUGUGUGCCAAGCAUGAUCUGGACCUUGCCGACUUUACUCCUCAUGCGGACACACAGCCAGAGGAAGAAGAGGAGGGAGGAGAAGAAGAAGGAGAGAAGCUAACUGUUGACACAGCCCCUGCAGGUGGUGGUAACAUGGGAGGUGUACCUGACGUCCAGAAACCACCUGAGGUAAUAGUAUACUACAGUGGAACCUCCGAUAAGGGACCCUCCGAGAUAAGGACGACCUCUCUACAAAGGACACUUGUUUACACCCAAUGCUAAUACUUAGUGUCUUAUUUGACCUCCGAGAUAGGGACCACCUCUCUACAAGGGAUAAAAUAGUUGGUCCCAUAGUGUCCCUUGUUUGGAGGUUCCACUGUAUACUGUGUUUAGCCCUACUGUGUGUUGUUGGUCUGAUGUGUUGAGAUCGGUUGUAGUGAGAAACUUGUUAACCCUGUGUACAGAUUAUUCACAGUCAAUCCAGAAUGCAAUUUUGGUAGCUGCAUCAGUGGGUAGAGUUGGUCUUAUAGUGUUAGCGCAUUGUGUGUGUGUGUGUGUGUGCACAUGUGGAAUUAUUGGAAUUUUGUAAGUGAGAAGAGGAGGCAGGCAGAGGUGGAGGAAGUUAGGAGAAAGAUCCAGGAGUUGGAGACACAGAUCGAGGAAGCCGUGAACGAGGAGGUGGAGGAUUAUGAGCUGGCAGCCGAGCUGGACAAGGAACUGGGCUCUCUGAAAGAAAAACUGACUUCACUGGUUCCAAGUUGAUGAUUGUGUGACGAUUUUAAUGCAAUUCUGUCACUGACAUGAUUUUAUAUAAUAAUAUAUAAUUUAUGUGCUGAAUUAUAUUUGAACUGGAAGCGGAUCAAAGACAAAGA